AAUGGUAAGGCGAAGGUGGCAUUUGCAUUGCAUCUGCAAACAGUUAGCAGUGCUGCUGCUGCUGCUGCUGCAGCAGUGCCACCUACAUCGUCAGUGAUGACAACGACAACAGCAAUGGCAGUGGCAGUGGCAGUGGCAACGGGGGUUGGUGGAGACGAUGCACGACUUGAUGUGGACACCACUCUCCACAUGACAGUCUGUUGCAUUGGCAAACAAGUGGGUGGUGAGGAGACUCCCACACCACCUUCCGCCUCCAUGCGCCCUCGUAAACGAGGCGCUCGUGCUGUUGGGCCAUCGGGGAGGCAAGUGACGCAUCGUUGUGUGCUCAUGCGGAUGCGUGAGUGGGUGGAUGGUGAGACAGAUGUGUGGAUGCGUGAGUGGGUUCGUGAUGGAGGUUGUCUCGCACACAGUGUAGAGCAGCAUCCGAGGGAAGACUCACAACAGAGGAUGUACUUCUGA